AUGAAUCGAGCAGAUCAUAUCCCAUUCUGGACACCAGAAACCUUCCAAAACCUCGUCGAUAAAUUCAUUAUUCGAACAGUAAUCACACAAAAACUUCGCGAUGAGAUCGCAAAAAUCGACAAAAAUCACAUUUUCAAUCGAGUCGAAGGUCGACAAAUUCUGAAAGUAUUGUUUGAUGGAACUAAUCAAGCUGGAGAAAUCUACGGAACACCUGAAGAAUUGAUGCACAAUCUUGAAGUUAUUCAACAUUUUCCGAAUAAUUCGGAAUUUCUCGGAUUUCCUGAUGAUUCAAUGAAUUUUCUUGCGAUGAUUAUUGGAAUGAAAGAUAAAACAGGAACACAAUUAUUAUCGAAAAAUGAAACAUUUCUCGCAGUUUAUGAUAAUAUUUUGCCAAACAAAAAUGAUAAAAAUCAUUGGAAACCUCAUCUUAUUGCACGAUCUAUUGGAAAUAGUUUGAAUCGAGCACUUAAGGGAACUUUUGAAUUGACACCUUUUUUAAUGUUCCAAGCUAUGGCAACAAUGACUAUGCAAAUGGGAAAUCAGGUGAAUUUCAGCUUUUUUUUAAAAAUAAACACAUUAUGUUUACAGGUUGUUCCACCAAAAAUCAAUUUUAAAGUCAAAAGCUUAGACGAUUUGUACAGUAUUUUCUCUCAAUUAUACGAUAAAGAUCACGACUUGAAACUCUUAGAAGAACUCAGAGAAGCACUCGAAUUGGAGGUUAAAAAGUUUCCAAUUAUGAAAAAUCCGGAGAAAUAUCGAAAAAUGUUCAAUUCGCAAUUUUAUUGGAAACAGAAAUUGAUUGAAAUUUUUGAUUUGUUGGAUGGACACGGAGAGGAUAAGGUUAUUAUUAUUUAUAAUAUUUUUUCUCAAAAAAUUCCAUUUUCCAGAGUUGGUUCAAUCAAAAAAUGCCAUUCGUCCGAGUUUUUUGCGACGAGAAACUUGAUCCGAACAAAAAGUUUUGUAUUGCAAAAGAAUUGGAAAAUGCGUUGGAUCGUGUGAUGAAACAGAAAUAUCAAAAGCCAUUCCCAAAAGGAUUGUUUUUGACGGAAAAUGAAGAGGAUCGAAAAUUGGGAAUUAUUCGAGUCGUUGAAUGGGAAACUGUUGAGAAAGUCUUGAAAAUUGUCAAAUUAUCGAUCAAUGAUUUUCCUGUAAGAGAGAGAACAUUUUUGGGAAUAGCAAUUUUUCAAGUUUCACUCGAAAUUUUUGAGAAAAUUUUUCUAUGAAAUUUUGAUCUGAUUAUUGUUAGAGUUGAAACAAUUCUGUUUCCAUUAUUUUUUUAUAAGAUAUUGAUUUUUUCAGAUCAUCCCUUACGAAUUCGAAUAUACGACUCGACAAAAUCCAGUUCCUGUAAAUUCGCCAUAUGGAAAAUACUGUAUUCUUGCGAGACACGCAUUUUGCGAUGUUUUCGAACAAAUCGUAAAUGGAGUUCAAUUUUUCCAAAAAUGCAACAAACAGAAUACCAGAAAAGUAUUCGAUUUUUUCGAAAAAUAUCAAGAUGUGUUCAGCGAUUCGAGAAAUUAUCGAUAUUUUAUUGAAACUUGGAAAAUCGAGGAGAUUAUCGAUUCAGCAUAUGAAGAACUUUUGAAAUAUUCCACAGAGAAAAUGUAUUGUUUGCAAAAGAAGCAUGGUAUUCCGAGAGGAGAAGUCAUGAAAAUACUUUUGAAUUAUGCUCCGAAUUUCUUGGGUAAACCGACUUUAAGAAACGCAUAUUCUGCAUUUUUACAAAACGAAAAACAAUCGUAUUUUGAUGCACGGGAUAUUUUGGAUGUCUAUGAGAGUUCGAUCAAGAACUAUUUUCUUACAAACAGCCCAAAAAUGUUGAAAUUUCUUUCAAAUCAGGGAAUUGUCAAAGUUGCUUAUUGUUCUGACAUUUCAACUGGAGAUGAGGUAUUUUUGAAUUUCUUAAACUAUUAGCAGAAAACUGGCCAAGCCACCUUUACCUUAAAAUUUUUGAAAACAAAUCCACUUGCAAAAAAAUUAUUUCAGUCUGAAAUCUGCAAAUUUCAAAAUUUAAUUUCCAAAAAAUCAUAACGCUUUCUUUGUAUUCAAAUUUUUCGUCAAAAUAAAAUCAGAAGAAUUUUCUGAAUUUUCAGAUUCCAUCUUCUUCUUCAUCUACCCCAGCAAAUCCAGAUCUGAAAAAUUAUGCUGAGGAAUACAAAAAAGCAUUCAUGACAAUUUUGCCCAAAAUCCCAUAUGACAAAUUUAUUGCUCGAGAAACUGUUGAUAAAUGGAUUGAUGAAGAAUUGGCGGGCAAAAAUUUGGCUCCAACAAAUUUGAUUGCAAUUUCAAAAUUAGAAGAUAUUCAUUCAAAUGCAACAUUGGUUGUUGAAUAUUUGGAUUCGGAAAUUAGAAAUGGAAAAAGUUUUGUGAAAAGACGAAUCGAGCCAAUGAAAAAUGCAUCUGCUUUUUCGGAUUUACUUAAAAAUCAUGCAGAUUUGAAUGAUGUAUUUAUAAGUGCGAUUCAAGUAUUUACUGAUGGUUUGGAAAAUAAGGAAGGAAUUGAUGAGAAAAUUAAGGAUUUUGGUGAAAAUCAAUUAAUGAACAAAUUGGGAGAAGCAAUCAAGGAGAAAUUCGAGUAAGUUCUUUUUUCGCUAAUUGUAAAGAAUUUGGCUAACAAAAAAUAAAAAAAUUGUAAAUAGAGAAAAGUAAAAAUUCAGAAUUUUUUGUGCAUCAAAACAUUUUGUUUUUGUCAGAAACUUGGAUCCGGACGAUGAAUCCGAAUCAAACACAAGAGCUCACCUUCUCCAAUAUUCAAAAGCUUUCCAAAAACGCGAUUCGUCAAAUGUUACAGCUGCUCAACUUAUGGAAACUCUCAAAAAUCUUUCAAUUAAAAAAUAA